AUGCAAUUUUUGGUUGUUUUGAAAGAUCACAUCGAUGUAACACACAAGCAGUAUGAAAUGGAAUUCACAACUGAGGUAUUCAUUUUCAAUAUUUAUAUCGAUUUUAUUGUUCAAAAAUACGUAAAAUUGCAUGAAAAAUCGUUUAAAAACACUUAUUUUCUGGGCUCUUGACUCCCUAAAUCAAAAAAAAAUAUUUUUUUGAAAAUUUUUUUUGGAAAAAGUCAGGAUUAAAUAUGACCCAGUUUUUGUUAAUUCCAGCUUCUUUGGAAUGAAAAAAUGGAGAAAAAUCAUUUUUUGAUCGUCGAAAAAUAUUAACUUUGAGCCUAGUUACGAUUUUUUCAAAAAUAAGACCAAAAUUCAAACAUCGACCUAUACACCGUGUAACACUCAUUUAUAUAAGGUCGUACUGCCUGAAACCUUCGAAUAUCAUACCUUUCAAACAAAAAAAAUUGGCUUAUUCUAAAUUUUCGAUCCAUUUCGUUGUACAGCUCAAUUUACGUUCUUACAAAAAGUCUCUCUUAAGAAACGUUUUGUUACUGAUGUUCUAACCUGGAUCGGCGACGACAUCAAUGAAAUCGAUCGAAAACAUGAUUUUUCAAAAUUUUCUUGAUAGAACAUGUUCAGAUCACACACCAGUAAACUAUUCGAGCAAAAAAUUGCAAAAAAAAUCAAUGACGUUGGUGGAUUCGAUCUUUCUGAAUAUUGCUGAUAGUCAACAUUGAAUUUCAAGAAACUUUGAAUUCAAUGAUUAUUUUUGAUAUAUUUUGUUCAGAUUAUUGAAGAUACACCCUAAUUCAUAUAAUACAACAAAAAACCCAAAAAAAAUUCAAUGGUGGAUGAAAAACUGUUGUCAGAAUCAAAAAUACAAAAUCGGGGAUAAUUUCGAUGUUUUAUCAUGGAAGAUAAGGGUUCACAGAACAUGAAAUUUAGAAAACCAAAAGAUUAAUCCGGGUCAAUUUUUGAUUUUAAGAAAGGUCCAUCACAUUUUACCGAUCAAAAACGAGUUUUAACAUGUGUUUUCCCCAAAUAAUAGGGAGGAGAUAUUGCUUUGUUCGCUACUGUAGUAGUUUUCGACGUGCUCAUUACGAUUCCGCAGGAAUAUUUCUGCGUAUCCCAAGUCCUGACAUGACUUAUGACGUAUUAAAAAUUGAAAUGAAUUUCAGACGACAAUGGCACAAAUGAAAGAUGAAAUCGCCUCACUUUUCGAUGUACCAUCACAAUAUCAGCGUCUGUUUCAUGAAAAUGGAAAUCCAAUUGGACGUGCUGACUUGAAUGGCCCAAUAUCACAAAUGGGUUUGCAUCAUAUGGAUGUCCUUGUGGUUGUAAGUAAUUUCGAGAUUUUUUUUGAAUUUUUAAAUUCAUUUUGCAUCUUUUGACAAGAUUUAAUUUUUAUGAGAACAAAUAUGGAAGAAUUGUAGAACAUGUUUGCAGCUUAUAUUAUGCCUCCACUAACUAGUUAAAGCUCUAACCAACUCACUUGAGGUGAGGGCCUAAAAGGCACCUUGAAACGUGAUUAAAAAAACAAUUUAUUUUAUUAAAAGGAGACUGUUACGCUUAAGAGCUACCUCCUAUAUUAAUUAAUAUGAUUAGUAGUUUAUAACAACAUUCCGUGAACUAGUUGAAAAGAAAUAUUUUUAUCAUAUACAAUCAAUCAAAAAAUGCAAUAUUUUUUCUAUGUUUCCCGAACAGAAAAAUCUUACGGGUAAAACCUCAAAUCGUCAAAUAAAAAAAGUUGAAGGUGAAGUCUGAACAAAUAAAAAGUAAUGCUCAUUUAAAAGAGCAUGUUCUAAUUAGUACUUUUAAAUGAUCAUAACUUAUUUUUUUGCUCAGAAUCCACCUUUAAAUGUACACUAACAACUAAUAUGCAUUCAUUUAGACACAUGGGCAACUCGAAAUGUGGAUAACGUAUACCGAUUUGGUUAGAGAUUUUGCAAAUUGUCAAUACUCGGCUUCGAAACAAACAAUUGCUGAAACUGCAAUGGACCACUUUAACUCAAUGUCCAAAGGAAAACUAUUUUCUGGAUAUUCAGCAUUCUAUAAAGAGUUUUCGAAACUUCAUGCGCCGAUCAGCAAAUAUCUCGACAAGCAGACUAAAUGGAUAAAAGCUGCUGCGUGUAGCUAUUUCAAAUUGUCCAUGUUCCGAGGACAAAAUCCAAAGUUGAAAUUUGAACCCACUUUUGAUGGAAGCCGAUCUGCAGUUGUUUGUAUUGUUAAUUUGGAAAGUGCCGAACGCAAGUUCAGAAUAAAAACAAAUCAUGAUGCAAAAGUCUCCUCUACAGGUUUUGUUAUUUUUCGAAUUUCACUUUUUCAAAAUUUAGUUUUUCAGCUGCCAGUUUCAACAUCAAUUUGAUAGAAAUGUUUUUGUAUAAGCUUUUCGAAUCAAUUAAUAUCGGCUCCAAAAUAACAUUCAUACCAAAUUGCGUGCUCUCAAAGUCUAUCAUUUAUAUAGCUAGUGAAUGGAUUCCAAAUUUGAAAACAAUCAAUGAUAUUCAUGAAGGUUACAAUUUUUUUUAAUUAUUUUGGUGUACUUAAUAUACAUUUUUCAGAUGAUUUGGGAAAUCUGACCGAAGAAAUUGUCCAGCUACAUUUUUUAGCUGUGUUUUUAACAUUGGGCGAUUUGCACGAAGAAAAUUUCGGCUUUUUCGAGAAAAAAAUUGAAAAUCCUAGACUUUAUGUGCUCUGA